AUGCUCGGCCGUUUCUUGGAGGUGAAGAGGGCGCUGCGGGCGAUGGUGAUUAGUGAAGAAUGGGAGGAGGUGGCGGUGGCACGGACGGAGGAGGGGCGUGCGGUCCGCACGCUCCUACUGGACGACUUCUUCUGGGACUUAUUAAUGGCAGUCCAUCGCCUCAUGACUCCGGUGUAUGGGGUGCUUCGGGUGGUUGACAAGAGGUCUCUCAUCAUGGGGGAGAUAUACGGCCGCAUGAUAGACGCCACAAUCCAAACGAGCGAGGCGGCUGAGGCGGCUGCUGAACUCUUCGUCAAGUGCGCCACACUGCUGGCGGCCAAAGACAAGGCCGCCUUUCUGACCUCCAUCAAGGCAAUUGUGGCCAAACUAAGGGACGGCCAGCUUCACAAUGCCUUGCAUGCGUUGGGCUGGCUCCUCAACCCCCGCAACCAAUACGUGGGGGCGGUGAGGAACGACCGUGAGAUCAGGAAAGGGGCGGAUGAGGUCAUCCAGGCCCGGGUGACCUCAUCCGAGGUGGAGAGGUACUGGUCCGCGCUUGCAAGUGUGCAGAGGCGGGACCGGAACCGCCUGGCCGCCACCAAGAUGACCGACGUCACCUACGUCGCCUUCACGAGGAGGGCUCGUGACGCCUUUGAUCGGAGGCAGGGUGUGCGUGAGAAGCUGUAUCUUGACCUGAGCAACGGCACCCUCAAGCAGGGCAGCACCAUCGCCCCGGUCUCAGCUGAAGAGGAAGAAGGGGGGGCUGGAUUAGUGGAGGAGGAGGAGGGGUCUACUACCAUCAACUGGGAUGAGUUCGGGAGCAUUGGCAAGAAGAAGAGGAAGAUGAAGGUGGGAGAGUCCUCCAAGAGGAAGAGGAAGGGGAAGGGGAAGGGUAACGUUCCAUGCAAGGGAAAGGGGAAGGGAGCAGUAGUGGAGGAAGAGGAGGAGGAGGAGGCGGCAGACAGCAGUGGGGGGGAGGAGGUGGAGACGGGCAAGAAGACCCGUGAUGGCAGCGAUCCUUGGGAUCUCAUCGAUGGUUCUAGUGGGGAGGAGGAGGAGGAGGAGGAGGAGGAGGAGGAGGAGGAGGAGGAGGAGGAGGAGGAGGAGGAGGAGGAGGAGGAGGAGGAGGAGGAGGAUCAGCAGGGUUGA